GAAAUAAGAGAUGGAGAAAUACGUAAGUGUUCUGGCGUAGGAAAAGAUGUUAGUUUAAGGCAGGGGAAUUAUAAGAAAAAAGGAAAAUAUUGUUAAAAUUAAGAUGGUGUUUUCUCUCGGGCCCUCGGUGCCAGCAAGAUGGGCGUGUUGUGGUCUCCGUACCACCAGGAAGCUCUGCAGCCACCGGCGGGACCAGGAGUGGCAGAAUAAACAGUGGAAGAAAGCCCACUUGGGCACAGCCCUUAAGGCCAAUCCUUUUGGAGGUGCCUCUCAGGCCAAGGGAAUUGUGCUGGAAAAAGUAUGGGUUGAAACCAAACAGCCAAAUUCUGCUAUCAGGAAGUGUGUCAGGGUGCAGCUCAUCAAGAACGGCAAGAAAAUCACAGCUUUUGUGCCCAAUGAUGGUUGCUUGAACUUCAUUGAGGAAAACGAUGAAGUUCUGGUUGCUGGAUUUGGUCGAAAGAGUCAUGCUGUAGGUGAUGUUCAUGGAGUCCGCUUUAAGGUUGUUAAAGUCGCCAACGUGUCUCUUUUGGCCCUGUACAAAGGCAAGAAGACCAAGAUCCUAAAUUUUGACAGUGGAAUCACAGUAAUAAAUUUUUAUAUUCUGAAAAGAAAAAUAAAGUUAAGAUGGCUAAAGGAGUUUGCUGCCUUGGGACCUUGUUAGAAUGACUGACAGGUUGAACAUUCCUUUUUCUUUACCAUCUCAUACCCAUUCAAAAUGUGUGAUUAGACUUAGGAGUAUGUAUUCCAGAAUGUAAGGCAUUCUGGAAACCCUUAUUGAAGAUAUUUAGGUAUAUAAUACCUGAUCUUAGCUCCUAAGAGUAUUUUAAACUAGCAUGAUGAUAUGAUAGUGGGGUAGUAACCACACAAAUGAGUAAAGCUGAUAAAAGGGAAAACAUUUGUCUUUGUUGCACUUACUAUAUAGAAAUGGAAGAUAGAUAAAUAAAACUUGAGUAAAAGACACAAAGAAUAAGAACUCUUUUAAGUAGAAAGUCAGGGAAGACCUUAUGAAGAAUGUGCUGCCUGAGAAUGUGAAGAAGCAAACCAUUAUUCAGGUGCCUGAGCAGGACAAAGAACAACUAGAAAUGUCCCAGAGGCCUGAACAGUUACCAAAAAAAUAAAUAAAUAAAAUCCUGAAAAAUAGUUUGUUUACUGUACUUCCAGAACAGAAGUCAUAGCUAUUAUGCGUGUCAGACGGGUGAGGAGCAGUACUUGGUUGGAAUAGUUUUUUUCUUUUUUCUUUUCUUUUCUUUUUUUCUUUUUUUUUUUUUUUUUUUUUUUGAUUUUUGAGACAGGGUUUCUCUGUAGCUUUUUGAAGCCUGUCCUGGAACUAGCUCUUGUAGACCAGGCUGGCCUCGAACUCACAGAGAUCCGCCUGCCUCUGUCUCCCGAGUGGCUGGGUGGAAUAGUUUUUUCUAAUAAGAGCUUGAAGGAUUAAGGAAUGGCUCAGUUAAGCAUAAAAACCUGAGUUCAAUCUCCAGAAUCUUCAUAGAAAAAGCCAGGUGCAGUGUUCAUAUACCUGAAAUCCUAGUGCUUGAGGGUCAUCUUGGCCAGCUAGACUACCAGAAUCAGUAAGCUCUAGACUCAUUGAGAGACCCUAUCUCAAAACUUUGGGUGGAGGGACUGGAGAGAUUACUCAGUGGAUAGGAAAUGGUUGAGGACCUGAGUUCAAACCCUCACUUCAACACCCAGAGGCCAGUUGAAUGGGCAUUCUAGAGAAUGUGGGCCUUGCAGAGUAUCCUAGAACUAUGGAGCCCUGUCAGAAUAUCACUUUCUAAGGUAACAAAACUAAUGCAGGUAAUCAGGUGUCAAAGUAACUGAGAUUCAAAGGAAAACUGCAAAAACAUUCCAAGACUUGAUUUGUCCCCUGGAAAGCUAGGGCUAUACAUUUUAAUUCUUUAUACCCCACAUAGAACCCUACUGAGAGUAAGUAAAGACCGUCAGGAGACAUUAGAAGAUUAGAUUAGACGAGAAGAUUAGCAAAAUGUAUGACUGUGUAUAACUGACUUUUUAAAAUUUCAGAAUUUUAGCUUAGGAAAAAUUCUUUGUUUGAGCAAUGUAUGUGAGUUUGAUAAUGUGAUUGGAAAUAGAGUGGUACUAAGACUCUGAAAGGAGGGGGUACUGGAGAGAUGGCUCAGCAGUUAAGACAACUGAAGACCUGGGUUCAACUGCUAAUACCCAUAUGGCAGCUCACAGCUGUCUGUAACUCCAGUUCCAGGAGAUCUGACACCAAUGCACUUAAAAUAAAGUUAAAUAAAUUUUUAAAAAAGAUUAUGAAAGGAACUGAAAAUAUAUUAGAAGGACUCUUUCCUAGGGAAGAUAGUUUUUCCUGCUCUUCUGUUUUCCUGGUUGCCCGUAGUUGUCUAGUAUUGAGACCCUUUCCGUGUUAGCAUGUUCAUUGGUGUUGUUCAGGUCUUAUUUGAUGAAACUUCAUGGGUCUGUAGCCUCUCUGCAUUUCUAGAAGUCACAGUUUUAGUAAACUUCCUACUUCUCUGUAUUUUACGAUCUUUCUUCCUUCUAUUGUGAUAUGAUCCCCUGAGUCUUUGGUACAGGAAUUGUUUUUACAGAUGUAUCAGUUUAGAUUGGUCACCUCAUGAUCUCUUCUGCAUUUUCAUUGGUUGUAGUUUUCUAUAUGGUCUCUGUCUGUUACAAAGAUAAAUUUCUUUGAUUAAGGGUGAGAAUUAAAUCUGUUUGUGAGUAUAAGGACAAAUAUGUAGCACAUAAUUAGGAAUUGGAAGAGCCCUCUUGAUUGGUUAUUUAAUACCAAGUAAUUAUCCCUGAGAUCAUAGACAUUCAGCCAGCAUUAUAUGGACUGAGCAUGUAGUAUUUAUAUGUUUAGGACACACAUACUCGUGCCUGAGUGUGUGUGCACACAUAACAAUGAUUAAAGAGACCAUAAAUCUGAGUUCAAGGGGGAAUGUAUGGAAGGAAUCAGAAAGGGAAGAGAGGAAAUAAUAUAGAAACUAUUACAAGUAAAUUUAAAAAAUAUAUAUAGGAGGUUUUUUUGGACUAGUUUUAUUCAAGAUGGACUAACACAGGAGAGAAAAUAAAGCGAAGUUCUCAGAGAGAUUAGUUUUGAGGUGCAGUCUUAAAGCACAGUUGUUUGUUUCUAUGUGUGAAGCCACUCUGAAUUUUAGUUAGAAAGAAAUAAUAUAUAUGAAGA